CUAUAAUACAUGUAUAUACUAUAAUACUAUAAUACAUGUAUAUACUAUAAUACAGACAUUUAGUGUAUUUUGUCCUGUUAUUGUCGGUGUCCAUACAUCUUCUUAUCCACAUAGACACCUACAGUCACCGUCCUCUGACAUCAUUUAUCUCUACACUGAGCAGAUGAGCCGAGAGCAGCAGCCCCCGAUCAUGUGACUCCUCCUCCUCCUCCAUGUGACUGAUCACCUGACUGUGACAUCAUCGCAGGUCCUGUUAGUACACUUCCUGUACUGCUCUUAGGAAGGAGCUUAUGAAUCAGAAAGAAAAUAUGAACAAUAUUAAUGCUCCAGAGACAAAUGUGAGCGGUGAUGAGCAGUAUAAGGAGGACAUUCCUACAGGGAAAGAUUUGAUCUAUAUUAAUGCUCCAGGUAUAAAGGAAGAAGAAGAGACAGAUGUGAGGAAUGAUGAGCAGUAUAAGGAGGACACGCCUACAGGGAAAAAUCUGAUCUAUAUUAAUGCUACAGACAUUAAGGAAGAAGAGACAGAUGUGAGCGGUGAUGAGCAGUAUAAGGAGGACAUUCCUACAGGGAAAGAUCUGAUCUAUAUUAAUGCUACAGACCUAAAGGAAGAAGAAGAUACAUGUGUGAGCGGGGAUGAGCAGUAUAUGGAGGACAUGCCUACAGGGAAAGAUUUGAUCUGUACUAAUAUUACAGACAUAAAGGAAGAAGAAGAAGAAGAGACAGAUGUGAGCGGUGAUGAGCAGUAUAUGGAGGACAUUCCUACAGGAAAAGAUCUGAUGUAUAUUAAUACUACAGACAUAAAGGAAGAAGAAGAGACAGAUAUGAGCGGUUAUGAGCAGUAUAAGGAGGACAUUCCUACAGGGAAAGAUCUGAUGUAUACUAAUACUGCAGACAUAAAGGAAGAAGAAGAAGAGACAGAUGUGAGCGGUGAUGAGCAGUAUAAGGAGGACAUUCCUACAGGGAAAGAUCGGAUCUAUACUAAUACUAUAGACAAAAAGGAAGAAGAAGAGACAGAUAUGAGCGGUUAUGAGCAGUAUAAGGAGGACAUUCCUACAGGGAAAGAUCUGAUCUAUACUAAUACUAUAGACAUAAAGGAAGAAGAAGAGACAGAUGUGAGCGGUGAUGAGCAGUAUAAGGAGGAAAUUCCUACAGGUAACCAUCCAGAUAACUGUACCGGGAGAUCAGAGGAGAAUCUUAUAUCUUCAGAUUAUAAAGCAGAUGAUGAUAUCACACAAGAUACAUAUGAAGAACAUUCCAUUAUCCCAGAUACACCCUCAGCCCUUCACAGCCAAGAUUUCUCAUCUGAUCAUUUAAAAACAGUCCUAUCAUCUGAUGUAUCACAGCAAAAUAUGAGAAAGCCAUUAUCAUGUGCUGAAUGUGGGAAAUGUUUUACUCAGAAAUCAGAUCUUGUUGAACAUCAAAAAAAUCACACAGGAGAGAAGCCAUUUUCAUGUUUAGAAUGUGGAAAAUGUUUUUCUUAUAAAUCAUAUCUUGUUGAACAUCAAAAAAUUCACACAGGAGAGAAGCCAUUUUCAUGUUUAGAAUGUGGAAAAUGUUUUUCUUAUAAAUCAUAUCUUCGCCAACAUAAAAAAAUUCACACAGGAGAGAAGCCAUUUUCAUGUUCAGAAUGUGAUAGAUGUUUUAUUCGCAAAGGUGAUCUUGUUAAACAUAUAAGAACUCACACAGGAGAGAAGCCAUUUUCAUGUUCAGAAUGUGGAAAAUGUUUUUCUAAUCAAUCAACUCUUAUUCAACAUCAAAAAAUUCACACAGGAGAGAAGCCAUUUUCAUGUUCAGAAUGUGGGAAAUGUUUUGCUUCUAAAUCACGUCUUAUUAUCCAUCAUAAAGUUCACACUGGAGAAAAGCCAUUUUCAUGUUCAGAAUGUGGGAAAUGUUUUGCUUCUAAAUCACUUCUUGUUAUACAUCAAAAAAAUAACAUAGGAGAGAAGCCAUUUUCAUGUUCAAAAUGUAGAAAAUGUUUUACUCUGAAACGUUAUCUUGUUAAACAUCAAAGAAUUCACUCAGAAGAGAAGUCAUUUUCAUGUUCAGAAUGUGGGAAAUGUUUUGCUUAUAAAUCAAAUCUUGUUGAACAUCAAAAAAUUCACACAGGAAAGAAGCCAUUUUCAUGUUCAGAAUGUGGGAGAUGUUUUAUUCACAAAUCUGAUCUUGUUAAACAUAUAAAAACUCACACAGGAGAGAAGCCAUUUUCAUGUUCAGAAUGUGGAAAAUGUUUUUCUAGUAAAUCAAAUCUUAUUAAACAUAAAAAAAUUCACACAGGAGAGAAGCCAUUUUCAUGUUCAGAAUGUGGAAAAUGUUCUUCUAGUAAAUCAAAUCUUAUUAAACAUCUAAAAAUUCACACAGAAAUCAGAACUUAACAGUCAUCUAAGAAUUCACACAGUAAAGAAGCCAUUUGCAUGUUCAGAAUGUGGGAAAUGUUUUACUCGGACAUCAAUACUUAUCAGACAACUAAGAAUUCACACAGAAGCGAAGUCAAUUCAGAGCAAUAAAUGACACAGAUAAGACAUCUAUAUAUUAACCAUGUACAUAGGAUAUCUGACAUUUAUACAUAUAUCAUAUACUGCAUCUCCAAACUUGUUCCCAAUUGUUAAUAAAAGUUUUCUUUUAGAACGUAGUCACCGAUCCAGCGAUGUCAUCACUAUAGUUUACAUGGUAGGAAAAGAGUGUGAGAUAUGGUUGUGAUAUUCACUGCUCCUCAUGGAGAAGACCUAACAGGCAUAAUCCAUGGGGAGCUGCUACUGGAGACCCAAACACCUCAGAGAGAAGGGACUUAUUCCAGUGAUGAAGAAUUCCAGGACAUGACCAGAUUAGAGACACAAAAUCACUUCUAUCUUCUGGCUUCUAGGACAUUAUUCUGAUGGAAGAACUUUACACAUUAUAAAAAGUCCUAUAGGUGUUGGGGAACAUUUAUAGACAAUUGUUGGCCCCGGCUGUCAUGGCGUACCAUAGAAGAUGAAUGAAUAUCGCUCCAUAGAGUAUAAUAUCCAAGACAGAAUAAAUACAAUGAGGGAGAUUUAUCAAAACCUGCCCAGAGGAAAAGUAGCGGAGUUGCCCAUAACAACCAAUCAGAUCUCUUCUUUAAUUUUUUUAAAGGCCUCUGAAAAAUGUAAGAAGUGAUCUGAUUGGUUGUUAUGGUCAACUCAGCAACUUUUCCUCUGGACGGGUUUGAUAAAUCUCCCCCAACAUCUCUUACCACAGGUCGUUCUGCACCGUACACAACAAUGGUGAGAUUGUGUUUGGAUGUAACAAGGGCCCUUCUGCAGCCUUUCUGCCCCAGAUAAUAGGAAAACAAAGAACUGUACUUCAUAAGACAACAGCGCUGACCAAACCCACACAGUAGGAUUUACUUCUCUAUUAGACCAUCAUGCAGUGUGUUUCCCCCCUUAACCCCUUAAGGACGUAGGGUGUAACCGUACGCCUUGAUCCCAUUAACAGGGUUUGAACUAGGGAUUGACCGAUAUCGAUUUUUUAGGGCCGAUACCGAUAAUCUGUGACCUUUCAGGCCGAUAGCCGAUAACUUUUACCGAUAUUCCGGUAUAAGUUUUCGGCUAUUCCAACCCCUCCCAGCCCUCUCGUCCACGCAGAAGCCGCUGAAGAUCAAUGAUUUAAAGCGGGCACUUUAAAUCAAUGAACUGCAGCGGCUUUUGCAGGGCCAGAGACUGCCACCACCACCC